CACAGACAGGCACGCGGAAAGCGAAAGCGGAGAGAGAAAAGAAGCAAGAAGCCGCGUGUGUACCCGUGUACUGUGCAGUACCGUGCUCUUGCCGUUCCUGUGAGGGAAAAUUAUGAUACCUUCGCCUUCACGCCUCAGUCUGACUGAGACAGAGUUGCUGAGUGGUAAAAUUUCACUCGGCCUGUAGUUCUGUCAUAACUCGAUGAGCAGGGCACGUACGGCGGUGAAAGUUUAAUUAAGUCCCGGAAUCCAGGUACAUAAUGCAGACUCUAGGAAGAGCCCAACGCUGUGUACAUCAAGCGUUUUCUCGCUUGCUGUCCACUUCAGCCAGCAGGAUGAACCAAAUUCCUGUCGCAUAUUGGUUCGAAGACCAGUGCAUCCUUGUCGAUAAGGAUGAUAAAGUUAUCGGGGAAGAAGGCAAGGCUGCUUGCCAUACUGUCUCUCCUGAUGGAAACCUUCUUUUGCAUCGUGCCUUUAGUGUCUUCUUAUUCAAUUCAAAGGGUGAUCUUCUGUUGCAAAAGAGAGCAUCAACAAAGGUUACUUACCCUGACCAUUACACCAAUACGUGCUGCAGUCAUCCACUUUCCACAAUCCCUGAGGAGAUGAUAGAAAAAGAUGCUCUUGGAAUUCGUAAUGCAGCUCAACGGCGUUUGCAGAUUGAACUUGGAGUUCCACCUGAACAAGCCAAACCAGAGGACAUGGUUUGGCUCACCCGUAUUCAUUAUAUGGAUCGUGGUGAUGGGAAGUUUGGAGAACAUGAGAUAGAUUACAUUCUGUUUUUGCAGAAAGACGUUGAUGUUGAUCCUAACCCAGAUGAAGUUAGUGAAGUCAAAUAUGUGAAACGUAAGGAAUUAAACAGCUUUCUUAACAGCUUGAAUGACCCUGUUACUCCUUGGUUUGAUCUCAUUGCCAAAAAUCAAUUACCGACAUGGUGGGAUAAUUUAAACCAACUUCAUAAGUUUUAUGACCACAAAACCAUUCAUAGAUAUGUUUAAAUUCUGUUGCAUUGUCUUUAAAAAUAUUAACAUCAAUAUCUUGUAUUAUUAUACCGUCAAGUGAAAAACAUUGUUGGAAAUCCCAUUUAUUUUGGAGUGCUGUGUGAAUGUGUCUUCUAUGAGUUUUGGUAAAAAUUAAUUUAUGAAAUGAUAAUGAGGGUUGAAAAUGUUUUAUUACAGAAGAUGUGCUCCAGUUUCAAAAAUAUGUCCAAGAAAUUAUGGUAGGCCCUGGCACACUUUUCUAAUUGUUUAUCUCAUUUGUCUACUUUUGCAUCUGUAUAAUCUUUCCUAGUCAUGCUUAGGUGCCAGGCUACUUGCAGACAUUCCUAUCUUUCAUAUCCAAUAGCUUUUCCACUUUUUCCAUGUUUGUCUUUUAAUUUAUUGUUGCUAAAUUGUUCCUGGUAUUUUAUUUUAACUUUUAAUUUUCUGAUUGCUUCUUAACGUUUUCUGUGGAAAUAGAAAUUUGGAAUUGAAUACUUUUUUGUGAUUACCAAAUAUUCAGAUGAUGUACCGGGCUGCUGUGUUUAAACUUCAUUUCACAAUGGUGUUUGUUCACUUUUAAUAAAGAUGCAAGAGUUAUUUUAAUUCUUAGCUUUAUUACACCUUUA